AUGAGAUACUCGUUCGCCUUCACCGGUCUUGUGACCGUGGCCUUCGGCUCUGGUGCUCUGGCCCAGACUACCGAGCCCGUCGAGACCAUCGACCCGGUUCCCACCUCCGAGCCCGUCGUUCCCCCUACCACCGUUGUUCCCACCAGCGUUGUUCCUACCAGCUCGGUCGCCCCAUUGCCGUUGCCCACCGACCCCUGCCUGGCGGACUGCAACAAGAAGCACGAUGCUUGCAACAGUGCUCCCGGUGCUAACCACGCUUCUUGCGCUUCUGACUACGCUCAGUGCCUGGGCUACAACCCAUACGCCGGCACUGGCUUUGUUGAGCCCACUGCUUGCUCCAAGAGCAUGACCACCGUCCCCGUCCCCCAGAAGACCGAGUCCCCCGAGGUCUGCUGUGUCACUUGCACCACCACCUACAAGGCCUGCUGUGACGCUGCUGGCGAUGUCAUCGACCACUGCAAGAUCGAGUACACCACUUGCCUCGGCUACAACCCCUUCGACAUCAUCCCCUGGAUCGAGCCUACCGUGUGCAAGCACAACGAGCCCAAGCCCCCCAAGCCCACCGGAACCCCUGAGGAGUGCUGCAUCCAGUGCACUACUGUCUAUGACUCUUGCUGUGCCGCCGACGGUGCCAUCAUCGAGAACUGCAAGGCCGAGUACACUAUCUGCCUGGGCUACAACCCCUGGGACAUUGUCCCCUGGGAGAAGCCUUAUGUCUGCAAGCACGGUGACAAGCCUUACCCUCCUCCCAAGAAGGGCGGUGACGGAAAGAUCAUCGUUGGCCCCCCUACUAAGCAGCCCUCUGGAACUCCUGAGGAGUGCUGCGUGACCUGCACCACCACCUACAAGGCUUGCUGCGACGCUGCCGGAGAUGUCAUUGAUCACUGCAAGGUUGCCUACACCACCUGCCUUGGAUACAACCCCUUCGACAUUAUCCCUUGGGUUGAGCCUACUGUCUGCAAGCAUGACUCUUAUCCUCCCAAGGGCAAGGACGGCAAGAUCAUCGUUGGCCCCCCCACCAAGCAGCCUUCUGGAACUCCCGAGGAGUGCUGCAUUGAGUGCACCACUGUCUAUAAGAAGUGCUGCGACGAGGCUGGCGAUGUCAUCGACCACUGCAAGGUUGCCUACACCACCUGCCUUGGCUACAGCCCCUUCGACAUCAUCCCUUGGGUCGAGCCUACUGUCUGCAAGCACGGCGACUCUACUGGUACCAAGAAGGGUGGCGACAGCAAGGACAACGGCGGCAAGAUCAUCAGCGGCCCUCCCACUUCUCAGACCGGCACCAAGCCCAACACUGGCAAGAAGGGUACCCCCGAGGAGUGCUGCAUCGAGUGCACCGCCAUCUACAAGAAGUGCUGCGAUGAGGCCGGCGACGUUAUUGACCACUGCAAGGUUGCCUACACCUCUUGCCUGGGCUACAGCCCCUUCGAGGUUGUCCCCUGGGUCGAGCCCACCGUCUGCAAGCACCCUGACGACGACAUUGUCAUUGUUAACGGCGGUGAGAACCUCCGACCUGCCCUGGCUCUCCUUGUCCUGGGUGCCAUUGCUCUUCUCUGUAAAAAUGAGCCCAGUUGGCGACCCCAGCAGUCGCAGUCUUCUUCCCUUCUUCUUCUGCUGACCCUCUUACCACUUCGACUCUUCUUUGUUGCCCCGGGGUGA